AUGCACCCGAGUGCUGGUGGGGUUCCGCAGGAUGAGGAAUGUGACUGCGAUGCGGAAGGUGUCCUCUUAGUUGGUGGUGGUGGCGGCGAUGGGGAACGUGUCCCCUUACGUGGCGGCGGCGGCGGCGAUGGGGAACGUGUCCCUUUACGUGGCGGCGGUGGCGAUGGGGAACCUGUCCUCUUAGCUGGUGGAGGCGAUGGUGGUGGUGGGGAUGGUGGUGGUGGUGGGGAUGGUGGUGGUGGCGGCGAUGGGGAGCGUGCAUUCUUACGCCGCGGCAGUGGUGGUGAUGGUGGUGGUGGAUGCCGCGGCGGCGAUGGGGAAGGUGUCCCCUUACGUGGUGGUGGCGGCGAUGGGGAACUUGUCCUCUUAGCUGGUGGUGGUGGUGGGGAUGGUGGUGGUGGUGAUGGCGGCGGUGAUGAUGAUCGUGCAUUCUUACGCCGCGGCGGUGGUGAUGAUGGUGGUGGUGGCGGCCGCGGCGGCGAUGGGGAAGGUGUCCCCUUACGUGGUGGUGGCGGCGGCGAUGGGGAACCUGUCCUCUUAGCUGGUGGUGGCGAUGGUUGUGGGGGGGAUGGUGGUGGUGGUGAUGGUGGAGGCGAUGGGGAGCGUGCAUUCUUACGCUGCGGCGGUGGUGGUGGCGGCCGCGGCGGCGAUGGGGAAGGUGUCCCCUUACGUGGUGGUGGCGGUGGUGAUGGGGAACCUGUCCUCUUAGCUGGUGGUGGCGAUGGUUGUGGGGGGGAUGGUGGUGGUGGUGAUGGUGGCCGCGACGGGGUGCGUAUAUUCUGCCGCCGCGGCGGCGGCGGUGAUGGUUGUGGCAAUGGUGGUGGUGGGGAUGGGGAAAGUGUCCCCUUAGGUGGUGGUGGUGGCGGCGGCGAUGGGGAACGUGUCCUCCUAGCUCGUGGGGGUGAUCGUGGUGGGGGGGAUGGUGGUGGUGGGGAUGGUGGUGGCGGUGAUGGUGGGGGUGGUGGUGAUGGUGGGGGUGCUCGGCGCGUUGGCGAUGCUGGGCGUUUUGGCGGGCUUGGAGGGGGCUUAUUUGUCGCCUCUAGAUGUAAUGGAGAAGUUGCUUGUGCGAGGAUUGAUUGUUUAGUCAUCAUAGACGAUGAUACAGAAUGUGGAUUGAGUUCGUUUUGA